AUGUUCCGGACCAGCAUUAGCAACACACAAGCGUCACAAUUCUAUUCCUCCGAGAACAAUGAUUUAGAUUUUUCAAAUAUUUCUUUUGAUGAUGAAGAGGAGGCCGAGGAGCUGUCUCAAGUGAAGAGUCAACCAAAGAAAAGCAUCGGAAAAACUAUUCAAGACCUUGUUGCUGCUCCUCCUUCUAAUUCCAAUCACAAUAUCACUCCCACGAACCAACAACACUCCGAACUGGAUAAUACCAACACCAACAAAUCUGUCAUCAGUAAUUCCACAUCAUCGACGAGCACUGCAACCACUACUACCAACAACAACUUGGGAGAUUCACCAGUUCUCUCUCUAAAAUCAGUCUUAUCAAUGACUACCAAUAACAACAACAACAAGGCUUCUUCAUCAUCUCCUGUUCAUCCUCUGUUGAGAACAAACGAAUUGGAGGUAAUGGAAACGGACGAUGAAGAGGAUCAUGAUGAACAACAACAUGACUCCAAGGUUGCAACCAACUCAAAGUGGGCGACACCUAAGGCUCAAUUAGGAGGGACACACUCUUCAGUAGCAACCACCACCACCAACAACAACAACAACAACUCGAUCACUCUUCAAACAACCACCAACCAUAGUAAUGACGUUUCUCCACCUCUUUUAAUGAAAUCAAGCAGCACUAGUACCACCACCGCCACCAAUAUUGCAUUGAGUACAAACAAGACAACAGUAGAUCAAUCCACCUUUAAGUUACAAGCUCUUCAACAACCACCAACAAAGACUCUCAAUCCUUCCAAACAAUCAUCCAUCAAGAAGACGACCAUUUCUUCUUCUUCUUCUAAUACUACUACACAAACACUGCAAGAUGAAAUCAGUUCAGAUGAAGAGAAUGAUGAACAAGCUGAAUCAUUGAAAAAGACAAUCUCUUCAAAAAAGAUGAAUCAAAAACAACUCCCUUCCACCAAAUCUAAUUCAUCCUUGGACAAACUAUUUAAGGAUUUAAGAUUUACAAUCACUUCCAUAUCCACACCCACUGAAAGAGAACGUGUGAUUAAAGCCAUUCGAUCCCAUGGAGGUGAAGUGAUUGAAACUCUUGAAGAUAUUCAAGAAGAAGAAUUGAUAAUUCUCAUUGCAGAUGAUUGUACCACAAAACCAAAUUAUUUGAUUGCACUCAUGAUGGAAAUUCCACUCUUGAAAAAGGAAUGGAUACAUGAUUCUAUUUCUGAAGGUCGAUUACUCAUUGAUACCAUGUACAAGUAUGUAUUGAAUAGAGGUUCAUUCCUUGUUCGAUCCACAAAACAGAAGAAACUAGUGAAACAACAAGUCCUCUCGAAACUUUCUCCAUGUGUUCCAAUGGAAGAGAGAAUUUUCAGUUCUGCCAAAGUGAGAAUUAUUGGUUCAAAAGAUUUUAAGGAAAAAUGGUCACCCAUUCUAAAGGCUGGAGGUGCCAAAGUGAUGACUGUCCUCAAAUCACAAACAGAUCAUCUUUCAAACUUUUUAUUGGUUGAAGAUUAUGACAAGUUAGAUGCCAAGGUAAAGAAGGAGGCCAAACAACACAAAUUACCAAUUUUGGAUAGAGAUUCUUUGUUGGAAAUUAUCGUAACAUUGGAAAGGAAAUUAUCGUCUGAUCAAAUCUUAAAUUAUUCUGACCUCAAGACAGCUAUUCAAAAGAUGGCAAAACAACAAUCAAAGAAAAGAGCUUGUCGAGAUGAUCAUGAGGAGGACUCUGAGGAAAGUGAUAGCAGUGAGGAAGAAGUUGAACAACACAAGAGAAAAGGUUCAACAGAGGAAUCAUCUCAAGAAGUAAUGCAAAGAAAGAAAUCAAAACCAAGCCCAACAGAAUUGACAUCACCUGAAACCAAACAAUUAUCAAAGACACGUUCUGAAACAACAGACACACUCCCAAAACAAGAGAAUGUAUCUGAAUUGAAAAAGGACAAGACCGAAGAUAACACUCAAAAAUUCACUACUACAAAUUAUCCUAAUGGAUUUUACUUUAGAAAAAGUGAAUAUGACUCUAAUUCAUUCUCACAACUCUUGCAAAUCCAAGAUCAAUCGAUGGAGGUCAUUUGUGUUGGAGAUGUGAUUCAAACACUAGAUGACAAGUAUUACCGUGUGGAUUCGUUCGGAUUUUCACGACUACUUGCAACAGAGUACACGUUAGUUGAUGUCAGAAACGAUUCACAGCAUCAAGAGACUCAACGAUUGUUACAAGCAACAGAUCGAAAUCAUGUAGAAGUUCCCCUUUGCACUGUCAAAUAUAGAGUGUUGUUAAAUAAUCGUUCAGGAAUGGGUGAGAGAAUUUUCUUGAUUGAAAAACCAGAAAGACUAUCCAUAUUAGAUGACACUCCUUUAAUAUCAGUGGAACAUAGGGCGGUCAAUAUUUUGCACUUCAACAUUAGCCACGACUUUCAGCAAACCUCACCACACACAAUUCAAAUCCUUCAAUUUAACAAUAUUUUGUUCCAAGAAAAUGACUUUGUCAAAAUCGUUCACACCUCAGACGAAGGAUCUCGACUGGUUUGCAUUGGACGAAUUAGAUUUGUGCUUGAAGACCGUCUUUUUAUUGAGUUAUUUCGAAGGCAUCCUAACAGCGAAAUAUCAGAUCACUAUGUGACCAGUUUCCAGGUCAUUCCAUUGUUCCUUAAUUCCAUUUCGAUUAUUGAGCCUCUUCAGAGCUUUAACGACCUUUCUGCUUUCACUAUUUCAAAAAAACAGACGCAACAAGUCCAAUCGAUUUUUGUGCAAGAAGAAUAA